AUGUCUAAUAUGUCAAAUAUUUCAGAAGCUAACUUACCGUUAACUUCUAACAUAGCUUAUAACACAUCGCCCGAAAUGAAUCCUAGUGAUGACGCUAAUAUAUUACCCACCAAAGAAACCUAUACUACCGCCACUAAUAAUAAAAACGACGAGGAUAAAGUUGGACGUAUAAUUUAUCUCAACGAUCCCGCUCGUAAUCAACCCGCAAAAUAUAUGCAUAACAGAAUUUCAACCGCAAAAUACAAUUUUUUCACCUUUUUACCGAAAUUUUUAUACGAGCAGUUUUCAAAAUACGCAAAUUUAUUUUUCUUAUUCACAGCAUGUAUUCAGCAAAUUAGAGACGUGUCUCCAACAAAUCAAUUUACCACCCUUAUCACUUUAGUUGUGGUGCUGUCUGCAACUGCAUUCAAAGAAGUAAUUGAAGAUUAUAAACGACAUCGUUCUGACGGAGAAGUCAAUCAAAGAAAAUGCCAAACUCUUUCGGGAAUGGCUUUUAUUGAGAAAGAAUGGAAUGGAAUUAAAGUUGGUGAUAUUGUUCGUGUUGAAGGUGGAGAUUUUUUGCCUGCUGAUUUGGUGCUAUUGAGUAGCUCAGAACCAGAAGGUUUAUGUUACAUUGAAACAAGUAAUUUGGAUGGUGAAACAAAUCUAAAAAUUAAGCAGGCAACAACUGAAACUGCAAUUCUUGUUACACCGCAACAAAUAAGUCAAUUAAAUGGUUACAUUAAAUCUGAAAGUCCAAAUAACAGUUUAUAUACAUAUGAUGGUAUAUUAAUCAUGGAUGGACCAAAUGGAAGUAAACAAGGUGCACAAUUAAAAAACACGCCUUGGAUAUAUGGUGUUGUUAUUUUUACUGGCCAUGAAACUAAAUUGAUGAGAAAUGCUAGUGCUACCCCAAUUAAAAGAACCAGUGUUGAAAAAAUGGUUAACAUUCAAAUUAUCUUUUUAUUUGGAAUUUUAUUAACAAUGAGUUUAGCAUGUUCAAUAGGAAGUGCUGCAAGGACAAUAAAAUUUGGUUCUGAAAUGUCUUACUUGCAGCUUUUAGCAACGGGUAGUUUAUUGAGUCAAUUUGGAUUUAAUAUUUUAACAUUUUUGAUUUUGUUUAAUAAUUUGAUCCCAAUUAGUUUGAUUGUUACUAUGGAAGUUGUAAAAUUUCAACAAGCGGCCUUAAUUAAUUCUGAUUUAGAUAUGUACUAUGAAAAGACAGACACACCUGCUUUAUGUAGAACUAGUAGUUUGGUAGAAGAAUUGGGCCAGAUUGAUUAUAUUUUUUCUGAUAAAACUGGUACGCUUACUUGUAAUGAAAUGGAAUUUAGACAAUGUUCUAUUGCUGGACUAUCAUAUUCAGAUCAUGUGGAUGAAGCAAAGCGAGCACAUGUUGUUGAUGGUGUUGAGGUCGGUUUACAUGAUUUUAAACAAUUAAAAGAGAAUUUGAAAAGUCAUUCUACUGCAAAUAUUAUCGAUGAAUUCUUUUCACUUUUAGCAGUAUGCCAUACUGUUAUUCCAGAGAGAAAAAAUAAUGAUCCAAAUGAUAUUGUGUAUCAAGCUUCAUCACCAGAUGAAGGUGCUCUUGUAAAGGGUGCAUUAAUUUUGGGUUAUAAAUUCUUGACACGUCGUCCUAAAUCUGUCACCAUUUUGGUUGAUGGAAAAGAAUCAGAAUAUGAAAUUCUUAGUAUUUGUGAAUUUAACAGUACACGUAAACGUAUGUCAACGAUAGUACGUGGUCCGGAUGGAAAAAUCAAGCUUUAUUGUAAAGGAGCUGAUACCGUUAUUUUAGAACGCUUAGGUAAAGACAAUCCUUUUGUUGAACAGACUCUGCAUCACCUUGAAGAAUAUGCAACGGAGGGUCUUCGAACUCUUUGUAUUGCUAUGCGUGAAAUAUCUGAAGAGGAAUAUAAUGUCUGGUCUGGAAUUUAUGAUAAAGCUGCUACAACUUUAACCAAUCGUCAAGAUGAACUUGAAAAAGCAGCUGAAAUGAUUGAAAAGGACCUUUACCUUUUGGGUGCUACCGCUAUUGAAGAUAAAUUACAAGAUGGUGUACCAGAAACUAUUAGCACUCUUCAACAAGCUGGUAUAAAAAUUUGGGUCCUUACUGGUGAUAGACAAGAGACUGCUGUUAAUAUUGGCUUAAGUUGUAAAUUGAUUCAAGAGGAAAUGACUUUAAUUGUUGUCAAUGAAGAAAGUCACUGGGCUACUAAAGAAUUUUUGGAGAAAAAAAUCCUUGCAAUGAAAGGAAGAGUUAAUCCAGAAUCUGAACCACUUGCUCUAAUUAUUGAUGGUCGAACACUUGAAUUUGCUUUAGAAAAGGAUUUGGAAAAAAAUUUUCUUGAACUUGCAACUAUGUGUAAAGCUGUUGUUUGUUGUCGUGUCUCACCACUUCAAAAAGCAUUAGUUGUAAAACUUGUAAAACGUCAUCUCAAAGCUAUUCUUCUUGCUAUUGGUGAUGGCGCUAAUGAUGUUUCAAUGAUUCAAGCAGCUCAUGUUGGUAUUGGUAUUAGCGGACUCGAAGGGAUGCAGGCUGCUCGUAGUGCUGAUGUUGCUAUCAGUCAGUUUAAAUAUUUGAAAAAAUUACUUUUAGUUCAUGGUGCAUGGAGUUAUCAAAGAUUGAUAAUUUAUGAAUCUUGGACCAUCACCUAUUACAAUGUUCUUUUUACUGUACUGCCGCCAAUGGUUAUUGGCGUAUUUGAUCAAUUUGUUAGUGCAAGGAUGUUAGAUCGAUAUCCUCAAAUGUAUAUGUUGGGACAAAAAAGUGAAUUUUUCAACGUAAAAAGUUUUUGGGGAUGGACAAUAAAUGCAUUUUUUCAUUCUUUAAUUUUAUAUUGGACUUCAAUAUAUAUUUUUUCUGAUGAUUUAAGUUUAGCAGAUGGCAGAAUAGCGGGUCAUUGGACAUGGGGCACAACUUUAUAUACAGCCGUGUUGGCAACUGUAUUAGGAAAGGCAGCAUUAAUAACAAACACCAAGCGUAUGUAUCAUACAAGAACCUAUCACACAGUGCAAGAAAUUCAAAAAUUCAAUAUUCCAGAUUAUCGACCAAGAAUGGAACAAUUCCAAAAGGCUAUACGAAAAGUUCGCGCUGUUCAAAGAUUACGAAAGAGUCGUGGUUUUGCAUUUUCACAAAACGAAUCUGGCCAGGAAUCUAAACUCAUUAGAAUAUAUGACACUACUAAAGCAAAACCAAUGGGCUAA